AUGAACAAUCACUCUGAAUUGUUUUGGCAGCACUACGCCAUAUCCCGCCUCGACCGGACCGCGCUGCUCAAUCAGGAACCGUCGGUCCUCUGGUUCACGGGGUUAUCGGGCGCCGGCAAGACCACGCUGGCCAAUUGCCUGGCCAAGCGUCUGUACGACGGCGGCUUGCUGGCCUACGUGCUGGACGGCGACAAUCUCCGCCACGGCCUCAAUCGGGAUUUGGAUUUCAGCGUCGCGGCGCGCCACGAAAACGUGCGGCGCAUGGCCGAGGUCGCGAGCCUGAUGUAUGACGCCGGCCUCAUCACCCUCGCUGCCUGCAUCUCACCGUUCAAGGCGGAAAGAGACUUCGCACGGAGCCUGGUUCCCGCCGGGAAAUUCGUCGAAGUGUUUGUCGAUACGCCCCUAUCGCUUUGCGAACAACGCGAUAACAAGGGUCUCUACCGUCGCGCCCGCGCCGGCGAGAUCGUCAAUUUCACGGGUAUCGACUCGCCAUUCGAACGACCAGUGGAACCCGAGAUCACUAUCAACACUACCGGGCGCUCUCCCGGUCAAUGUAUCGAUACCAUCAUGGAUUACCUGUCUCGGCAUGACCUUAUCGCGGCCGCUCGGCCGGGCCGGCUUACGGAGAAGACCCAAAACGCGUGA